AUGCCUCGCUCUCGAUCCCGGUCGUACUCGCGCUCGCCGUCGCGAUCUCCCGCCCGUUCGCCGGUGCGUUCGGACCGCGAUCGUUCCCCAUCGCCAGCUCGAUCUAGGUCGCCGUCGAGGGACAGAUCGAGGAGCCGCAGCAGGUCGGCGUCGUACUCGUCGCGGGACUCGAGGUCGCCGAGCCCGCCGCCAAACCCUCUCGCUGAGGCUUGUCCCUUCCUCAUCCGCGUCUUCGUGCUCCGCAACAAGCACAACCCCGUCAUCGAGUACGACCAGAAGCGCUUCCCGACCGAGGAGUACAGGGUGAAACACUCCACCCCGUCUCAGAUCCUCAAGCAGCUCUAUGCCAAGUUCCCGCCGCUGUACCGAUCCGCCCUCCGCUUCUCCCUCCGGCACGUCUACGUUGACGCCGAGGAGGACAGGCUGUACAAGGCCCGAGACCUUGUCAGCAUCACGCCAGCACAGCUGCGCGCCACCCUGAACGCUUCCUCCGCCUCUGCGCCCGCCGACGACGUGGAGAUGGAUAGCGAGGAGCGGCGCGAGAAGAUGCUCGACGCCGAGCUGGACGACACCGAGGAUGGCGGAAGCGGCGGCAGGGCAAAGAGGAUAGAGGAGAAGACGCUGGACGAGUACGGAUUCCUGACUGGCGACCUUCUGUCGCUGUGUGUCGCGCUGCCUCGCCCGCCCAAGGCUGGUGGCGGUGGGCCCGGUGCGCUCAAGGCUGGAGGCGCACCUGAGCCGAGAGGAGCGUGGGGGCGCGGGGAACCGCUGCCGCCGCAGGAUUUCAGGAGGGGGAGUGGAGACAGGGGAGGGAGGGGCGGACGGGGAGGAAGGGGAGGGGAUAGCUGGAGGAGGGAGAGGAGCCGGAGUCCGGCAAGGGAGGGCUGGAGGCGGUGA